AUGAGUCUCGAUUCCCUGCCCGCGAACCAUUUUAGAAACCGCCGCACAUGGAUGCUUCACAUGUGUGCCAGGGGUCCACUUUUUUAUGCAUGGAUAUUGACCUUUACCAUACUUGCAUUCACCUAUUUCGCCUAUUGGGAUGUAUUACAAUCUCACUCCUCAUUCAUCUAUGGUAAGAUAGUUUUUGUCGAGCUAUUUAUGUGCUUGUUGCCCGUCAUGUUCAUAGCUAAAAAGUAUAGUGCGCUUUUGAAGGUAAGGUCUUUUAUGGCACAGGAAGUUAUUGAGAGAAAGCCAAGCGCUCGCUUCGAGGACUGGGAUAUAGUAGCGCUUCACACCAAUGCUUACUUACACGAAAAGGGCUUAUGGCCCACUGCCUUCUGUAUCUUCAACGGAGAGGAAUGUUUUGAAUUUUUUAGGCGUUGUCUUCGCCCUCAAAAUGUGUCAGAGGUACUAGAUGACGAAGAUAGCCGUAGAUUUCAAAAUGCUUUUCGUGUCUACGAAACUAGCCUCGAAGACUACUGGAACUCGGACGAGAAUUUCGUGGCCCUGGCUAAUGAUGAAUACGAACAAAAACUACCCAGAGAGCUAUACCGAUGUCGCUUCACGUGGAAUUUAAGUACUCUAAGAAGAAAUAUGUCUUCUUGGUUCAUGCUUAUUCCAUUUCUUGUGAGCCUCAGGUUGGGGACGGAUGCCCUACUAGGAUGUUUGGUUGGGGCUGCUUUUUCGCUGCCAAUAUUGUUUUUCGUUAUGGAUACCAUCAAAAGGAAUACACCUAGUAAGGUCCUACAAGUGUUAACAUUUUUGAGAAUGAAAGCACGUCUUGAACCAGAAAACGAGGUUGAGAAGUGGGAUGACAUUGCAAGAUUCAUGAAUAAUUACUUAUUCAGAGAGAGAGUUUGGCAAGACCGUGAAUACUUCUACGAUGGAAAUGACUGUCGUGAAAGGUUCAAAUCAAUAUUGACAAGCAUUCUAUCAGUUCAAAACUUGCAAAAGAGACUUUUGCCCCCCGAACUAAUUCCGUUCGCAAAAUUAAGCAAUGCAGGUUUUGAACGUGAUGGCGAAAGCCUAGUUUAG